AUGCCAUCGUCAUUCCACAAGUCAUCAUCCACGACUGAUGCAUCAUUCAUGGAGUCUGAUUCUGCUCUGGUCCCAGCCGCGGAGGGUGGCAGCGACAUUUCCUCCCCUGUGAACCUGCCAAUUUAUCCUUUCCUUCCGAAUCCCAAUCCUUGUUUACCGUUCAGUUCAAUGUUGACAUGGCCCUAUCCGUUACCCCAAUAUGACCCGGGGCUCUGGACCUGGACUGCGGGUCCUUUCCACCCGCUCUUUGGAUCUGCCUUGGCAAACUAUGGGGAGGCCCCAUCAUUGAUGAUGAACCCGGGCCGAGUAGUUGGCCAACCCGUGAUAAACCCAAGCCCUCCUCCAAACGUCUCGACUUCCACUACUACCCCGGUCGAGGCACGGUCGCCGCUGCCGACAACCCCUGAAGUUGAAGCUGUUGAGGGCCAGCAAUCUGGGCACGAACCAGUCACCUUCAAGUGCGAAUGGAACGGGUGUACAAAUGCUGGUACAUUCAGAGUCAAAAGCAGCCUGUUGCGCCAUGUCGACUCAACUCACAUCUCCGCGAACAAGUUCAAGUGCCCAGCAUGCACGAGGGCUUUUGGACGCAAAGACAAAUACAAGUCCCAUAUCCGACAUGUUCAUUGGGACAUGCCAAACCUGAUCGCUGAGAUUGCCCGUUCUCCUUAA